AAGAGCACAAACCUUUCUACAAAACAGGUCGCCUACAGGAGACAAAUCAUAAUUUUGAGGGAACCAGGAGAGCUUUCAUCUCUCCAAAUCCUGCCAAUUCACCCACGAACUCCCACGAACGGCCAGCUUGUUCUCUCUCUGUUGUAGUGUUGAGCGGAUCGAGCUCCCGCGACACACACGCACACACACAGCUCGGGCGUUCCCGCGACUCCUCAGCGGCCAACGGAAGGGUGGCAGGGGAGAGGAGAGGGAGAAAGGAGGAGGAGAAGGGGAGAGAGGAGGGAGAGGAGGGGAAGAAACCCGACUGUUUUGAAGCUAUACGCCAGUAAACAUAGACUAUAAGCAUACACAGUGAAAGAAGAGGAAACCGUCACAGUGCUAUUUUAUUUCAGUGUGGAUGAAACUAGGAUGAGAGAAACGCCAAAGGAGAGAGACGCCAUCGGUGACAAGUUAAAGGACUCCGCUAUUGGGAUGGCUGAGGUUUCGCAGCAGGAGAGAAUUCAGGCCAUCGCUGAGAAGAGGAAGAGGCAGACAGAGAUCGAGAACAAGAGGAGACAGCUGGAAGAUGACAGAAGACAGCUUCAACACCUAAAGUCGAAGGCUCUGAGAGAGCGCUGGUUGUUGGAUGGGGCUCCAGAGGAAGAUAAGACUCAGAGACGACUUCAGGAGGAUGAAGAGAGGACUAAGGCACUCGAGAAGAGCAUCCUCUGCCUGGAGCAGGAGAUAGAGGAGCUGGAGAAUCCGGUCGUGACCAAAGAGAAUGGAGGAGCUGUAAAUGGAGUAUCACAGAACCAGAGUCCUAGAAGAGAACUAACAGGAGUAGAAGCCAAGCUGUUGGGUCCCAGUCCAGACCAGGCCAGCGCUGAGAACCCUGUUACCCUGGUCUUCAUGGGCUAUACAGCUCUGGAGGAUAGAUGUGUGUGAGAGUUUUUGUGUGUGAGUGUGUCAGAGCAAAAGAGACUUGAGUGCGUACGCGUGUCUGAUCACACACUUAACAGGACUACAAAACCAAACAGUCCGACUCCUCUUGCCAAGCAGCAAAAACUACAGCCAACACCAACCAUAUACAGCCAACAGACACUGGAGAAUCAGUACUACUGUGUAUUACUGUAGUAGUACUACAACAACAACCUACAGCCAGGACAAUAUACACUAGACUAUGUACUACUCUAGUACUACAAUAACAAUGGGGAAAUCUGAAAUGGAACCCUAUUCCCUAUAGUAUUUGGGCCAAAACACUCCCACAGUGCACUAGUAUAGGGAAAAGGCUGCUUUCAGAUGCAGCUAGUACCUCCAGACUGAUCAAACAAAAAGUCCCUCACUGUGUACUGCUAUCGUACUACUAUUUACUACGAUGUAUUUCUUCUGAUAUGGAUUAUUCUUUUGUUUUGAUUGCUAUUUUUAUAUGUUUCUGUCUUGACAUUUAUAGUGUAUUCUGUGUGUACUUCUGUAUUCUAUUCUAUUAAUAUUAUCUUUAUUAUUGAACUGGAUGUGCCGUCACGUUAUUGUUGAAAAGAAAAUGUAGCAGGUCUUUGUGUUGUAAUGUGUCUGCUAUCGGAGCCAUCUGGAAAAUGUCUAUCAUUGUUUUUUAGUCCAGAAUAUGAAGAAGACAUACAUUUUGUAUAUUUCUCUGUGUAUCAAGUAUUUAUCAGUCAGUUUCAUAUUAUAUUGUCUCUGUAAUAUAGUUUCACAGUGGGAACAGUAUUCAAAUAUAUUGAUAUCAAGUUUUAUACAAUGUAUUUGUUAUGCUGGUGAAUGAGGACCCAAAA